AUGAUUCAUGGUGUUUUAAUAUUUAAUAAGAAAUGUCAACCAAGACUGAGGAAAUUUUACACUCCUGUUGAGUUACCUAAACAAAAAUUAUUAUUGGAGCAAGUUUAUUCAUAUAUAUCUCAAAGAAAUACAGAACUGCAAUGCUCAUUUAUGGUUGCUCCCUCUUCUGUACUCUCUGAUUCAAGAGGUAGUGUUACUGAUGAUGAUAAUAUUCAAAUAAUCUAUAAAAAUUAUGCUACCUUGUAUUUUGCGUUCAUUGUUGAUGAGCAAGAGUCUGAGUUGGUGAUUUUAGAUCUGAUACAAACGUUUGUGGAAGCUCUAGAUCGUUGCUUCACUGAAGUGAGUGAAUUGGAUUUGAUAUUUAAUUGGCAAACUUUGGAAAGUGUGUUGGAAGAAAUAAUACAAGGUGGAAUGGUCAUUGAAACAAGUGUGGCGAAGAUCGUUAAUUGUGUGGAUGAUCUGAAUAAUGCAUCUGAGGAAUCUGAAUCAGGUGCCGGUAUGUUUGGAGGUACGGCAAUUGGUAAUGCUUUCCAAGCUUUAACUAAUGGAAAAUUCUCUCAAUGGGCCUCUAGUCAAUGA